AUGAAGAACGAGGCCUCCUAUUCCGACGCUGAGGUUGAGUCCCAUGACCUCCACCUCCAGGCGAAGACCCGCACACUGCGGCUGCUCGAUGGCGCCCGCAUCAGCGUCACCACGCUGGCUCUUCUCUGCGGGAUCACAGUCCUUGGUGUGUCCGGAGAUGCCCUGAAUGUCUACAACACGACAUCAGUAUCGCACGAUUUUCCCCUGUCGCUCUGGCCCGAUGAGUUCAAUAUUCGCCCCACGGUGGCACUAGUCGUUGGCAGUUCCAUUGUGACGGUAACAAACAUCGUCGCCCUGCUCUGCAGCAAGGUCAGAUACCUUCGACACAACACACCCGUCCACACCCCGGUGAUGUUCGCGGCUCCCCUAGUUGGCCUGGUGGCGGCACUUAUUGCCAUGGUUUUCUUCUAUGCCGUCAACGCCUCCAAUACGGUGGAUACUCUCCUUAGCUGGACAUGCCGGUGGCACAUGGUCUCAAUGGAUCUGAAACCCCACUUCGGGACCCUAUGCAAGGAGAGCCGCGCCGGUGUCUACCUGUCCAUCCUGCUCAUCCCCAUCGAGGCUAUAGCUCUGGGCUUGGCCGGAUGGGAGCUCAAGGUCGAGAAAUUCACCAGCGCCUAUGCUCGCGCAAGAAAGGGGAGCCCUGUCGCUUGA